AUUGAACAUCCAUACUUGCAAGUAAAGGGUCACACUGCAAAAUCAUAUGAUCGAUUUGCAGUGAAAAUUUUUCAGACAGACGUCGGGCAGAAGGCAAAAAAGCACGGUUACACGUGGAUUUCUUUGGAACAGUUGAAUUUCUUUUCGGUUUUGUGCAAGUGAAAAAAAUCAGUCAAGAUGGCAUUGAGCGACGCUGAUGUACAGAAACAGAUCAAACACAUGAUGGCGUUCAUUGAGCAGGAGGCCAAUGAAAAAGCCGAGGAGAUCGAUGCCAAAGCCGAGGAGGAGUUCAACAUUGAGAAGGGACGCCUCGUCCAGCAGCAGCGUCUCAAGAUCAUGGAGUACUACGAGAAGAAGGAGAAACAGGUUGAACUCCAGAAGAAAAUCCAGUCAUCCAACAUGCUCAACCAGGCUCGCUUGAAGGUACUGAAAGUGCGCGAGGAUCAUGUGAGCAAUGUCCUGGAUGAUGCCCGCAAACGUCUGGGCGAGGUCACCAAGAGCGACGGCGAAUACAAGGCCGUCGUGACCAAGCUGAUUGUCCAGGGCCUCUUCCAGGUGAUGGAGCCCAAGGUGACACUGCGUUGCCGCCAGGUCGAUGUGUCGCUGGUCCGCGACAUUCUGCCCCAAGCUGUGGAACAGUACAAGGCCCAAAUGAAGCAGAGUGUCGAUAUCACCAUUGACGAGAUAAACUUCCUCGCUGCUGAUACCUGCGGUGGUGUAGAGCUGUUGGCCCUCAACGGACGCAUUAAGGUGCCCAACACGCUGGAGUCCAGAUUAGAGUUGAUUUCCCAGCAGCUUGUGCCAGAGAUCCGUAACGCCCUGUUCGGCCGCAAUGUCAACCGCAAAUUCACCGAUUAAAUUGUUAAGUGCAUGCAGAUGAUGAUGAAGAAGAAAACCAACCAAUAAUACCAGCAGGAAAAGUUCAAGUUUCAAGUAACUUCACUCCACCCACAACAUAAUGAAACAAAAUUCAACGUAAAACUCAUCCUCAUGGCAGGCCAUGGCCAGGUCUGGUCUGGUGUCUAUGUAGGGACUUGUAUUCAAUUAUAAAUUAUAUUGCCGUUGUUCUUGUAUAGUUCUGAUUGAUACUGAAACUACUACACACUCAAGAACCCCCUCCGUUUCGGUCUUCAGUUAUAUAUGGGAUAUUCACACACCCACAACAUUUACAUACAUAAAUGUAUGCCAAUAAUUACAUACACAUAUUAGGCAUACACAAAAUCCUAUCAGCAUACGGAAACAAAAAAUAGCAUUGUAAUACGAGUUUGUUAAAGUUUGUUCGUUUAUUUUUUACCUAAAUGUAUAUUUGCUGAACACAGGCGCAUACAAUUUUGAACAUUUUUUUGCAUACAUUCCUGCCCUUUGAUUUACAUGUGUGUUUCAACCCUCGUCCCGUUCUUUGAGUUAUUUACUAUAUUAUUGUACAUUAAUUUCUGUCGUCUAUAGUCAUUGUUGAACAUUUAUCUAUACAUAUGUGUCUAUGUUUGUAAUUAUUCAUAUGCAGCAGUGUGUCGAGCAGUAGCAGCAGCAGCAGCAGCAGCCACAGGUGCCACUGGCAGUCUGUGCAAACGUACACUCAGCAUUGUUGCCUGCCGGAACACCGAAAUGGAUCGGAGAUCGGUCUGAUUUCGCUGAACCGAAGGUGACGUACGCUUGCGCAACUGCCACUGGCACAGGAAACACACAAAAUAUCAUCUUCAAUCCUCAUAAAAUGUCUGUUGUUGGACGCGUAACGAAUACACAGUUACCAAAAGCAAGAACGCACGCAUAAACGCAUCCGAGAACCCAACCGAAACACACGAAAUGAAGUAUUGCCAAGUACGGCCCAUAAGUAGCUAAAUUUGUUGACCCUCAAAUCCAGCUUCCACUCUACAUAAACCAUAUAUAUACAUAUACUUAACUAAAGGAUAACUAAACAAAAAAAUAUAUAAA